AUGGGCAGACUAGAUGACAAAGAAACGUCCGAGUUGUGUGGCGUGCUCAACGGCGGCAAGAAAUGCUCAGCUAACGAGUGUUGCUCCACUGCAGGAUUUUGUGUAAGUCUCACGCCUCCAGCAUCUUACAAAGGUUCUGACACCCUCCAGGGAACUGGCAAGGAUUUUUGCGCAGUCCCUGCCAAUUGUCAACGAGGCUUUGGCUUCUGCGACUCGGAUAUCCAACCACAAGGAUAUAACACUUCACUAGAUUCUCGUCCACAUAUUGGCGACGUUCCCUAUGGCCAACUAAUCACCAAGUGCAAGGUCCCCAGAACGAUUGCUCUUACAUACGACGACGGACCGACGGAUAACACAGAAGAACUCCUUGAUAUCCUCAAAGAAUACCGAGCCAAGGCUACUUUCUUCAUUACUGGGGUCACCAAUGGCAAAGGGGCAGUUGAUGAAACCGAAAAAUGGACAAAAGCCAUCCAACGCAUGCACGAUGAAGGCCAUCAAGUGGCUUCGCACACCUGGUCACACCGUGAGCUCAACACAAUCUCGACCUUAGACCGUAAGGUUGAGAUGGUGAGAAUGGAACAGGCUCUCGACAACAUCCUUGGCAUGUAUCCCACCUACAUGAGACCACCGUAUCUUCAAUGCAGCAUCGAUGGUGGUUGCCAAAAAGACAUUGGUGAACUUGGCUACCAUCUCAUUGGAUGGUCUACAGACAGCACGGAUUGGUUGCACGAUGGCAACCUGGACGCCAUGAUCCAGGCCACGGAUGCUGCUAUUGAUGCCACUGACGUGUCAGGCAAUAUGCUUCUCAUUCAGCAUGACUCGAUUCAUCUAUCAGCCAUCAACCUCACCAGACAUAUCCUGCCGCGUGUUGUUGAGAAGGGGUGGCAUGCAAUUUCAGUGGGCGAGUGCCUUGGAGACGAUCCAGACAACUGGUAUCGUAAACCAGUGGAGUUAGCAGACCCAGGCUCAGGCUCAGGCUCAGGCUCAGGCUCAGGCUCAGGCUCAGGCUCAGACUCAGACUCAGACUCAGACUCAGACCUAGACUCAGACUCAAUGAGUUCAACACCUAUCACUUCUCAAAGCAUUUCUGCGGCAGCAAGGUUGAACGUCCCUGUCGUUUACAACGGUGGCACACUGGUCUGCACCAUUAAAAGCUCGGCUUCAUUUUCUCGAUUUGCUGUUACUCGCACCAUGGCAUAG